AAAAAAAAACGGGAGAGCGGAAACAGUUUUAAAAUCCUGCCUUUCCCCUUCCUCCCCCCUUUUUUUUCACUUAUUCAUCUUUUUUUUUUGGCACGAUGGCGUCCUCAACGACCUUGUUCCGUUCGGAAGAAAUGUCAUUGAUCCAAUUAUUUAUCCCAGCUGAAGUGGCACAUAGCUGUGUAGCCGAGUUGGGCGAGCUUGGAAAAGUUCAAUUUAGUGAUCUGAACCCCUCUACCAAUGCAUUUCAACGCACUUUUGUCUCUGAAAUAAGAAGACUGGAUGAGAUGGAAAGACAGUGUCGAUUUCUUCAGGCACAGAUUGAAAAGUCGGAUAUUCAAUCUGCACCCGUUGACGUAUCUACCAUCACUGCUCGUACACCGCAACAGAUCGAUGAUUUAGAAGAGAAUCUAAAGAACUUGGAAAACCGCAUCACACAAAUGAAUGAGUACUUUGAAACACUUCAGCAAUCCAACCUGCAAAUCACCGAACUCCGACAUGUCCUGAAAGAAUCGUCUGUUUUCUUUGCUCAAGCGGGCUCGCGUUUGCAGGACUCAGAGCCACUCUUGAUGGAGGAUGACGUGGAGCAACCCACAGAUAACCAUCUAGGUUAUGUCACGGGUGUCAUUCCACGAUCCAAAAUCAUCACCUUUGAACGUGUACUUUGGCGAGUCUUGCGUGGUAAUUUGUUCAUGAAUUUUGCUGAAAUUGAUGAACCUGUCAUUGAUCCUUCUGAUUCCGACAAGACCGUCACCAAGAACGUAUUUGCCAUCUUUGCUCACGGUCAUCAAGUUAUCAACAAGAUCAAAAAAAUUUCAGAGAGUAUGGGUGGUACCUUGUAUACUAUUGAUGAGUCUUCCACCAAACGCAACGAUGCUCUGCUUCAAGUCACCAAGCGCAUCAAGGACCUGGAUAUCGUAUUGGCUCAAACAAAGACCACCCGUAGACAGGAGUUGAUGAAAGUCGCAGAUAAUAUCACGGCUUGGACAACAACCGUCAAGAAAGAAAAAGCUAUCUAUCAUACCAUGAAUUUAUUUAAUUACGAUGUCAAUCGUAAAUGUUUGAUUGCAGAAGGCUGGGCUGCCAAGAUGGAUGUACCCAUUGUUCAUAUUGCCUUGAAGAACGCUAUUGAAUAUUCCGGUACCAACAUGCCUUCUGUCCUGACUGAACUUCAUACCAAAAGAAAACCACCUACCUAUCAUCGCACCGACAAGUUCUCGGAAGGAUUUCAAAGUAUCAUUGAUGCCUAUGGUAUUGCACGUUAUCGAGAAGUCAACCCGGGUCUAUUUACUAUUGUCGCCUUCCCAUUUUUGUUUGCCAUCAUGUUUGGCGAUAUCGGUCAUGGAUGUCUCCUGCUUUGCUUGGCUCUCUAUUUAGUCUUGAACGAGAAAUCUUUGGCUGGUGUCAAGGAUGAAAUCUUUUCCAUGCUUUUCAGUGGUCGCUACAUGAUGCUCUUAAUGGCCAUCUUUUCGAUUUUCACUGGUUGUAUUUACAAUGACGUAUUUUCCUUAUCUCUCAAUCUCUUCAAGUCCGGUUUCGAUCUGCCAUCCAAUUACACUUCUUUUGAAACCGUAGAAGGAAUACCCAAUGGUAACGUAUAUGCCUUUGGUUUUGACCCCGCUUGGCAUGGAUCUGAAAACUUUUUGCUCUUUUCGAAUUCAUACAAGAUGAAGCAAGCCAUCAUCAUUGGUGUUAUUCAUAUGUCAUUUGCCAUUUGUUUAAACAUCUUUAAUCAUUUGUACUACAAAAAGAACGCUUUCAUCUGGCUAGAAUUCCUCCCACAAAUCCUCUUUAUGGAAUCCGUCUUUGGUUAUUUAAUCUUUUGCAUCAUGUAUAAAUGGAGUAUCAAUUGGUGGGAAUUAGACAGUGCAGGCAAUCAUAUCCGAAACCCCCCACCCAAUUUAUUAAACAUGCUGAUUUACAUGUUCUUAACACCUGGACAAGUUAACCCCCAAGAUCAAUUAUUCCCCGGCCAAGGACCGGUACAGCUUGUGUUGAUUAGCGUGGCUUUGAUUUGUGUGCCUUGGAUGUGGUUUGCAAAGCCUUAUUAUCUCAAGUUACAACAUGAAAAGCAUCAAUAUCAUGCCAUUGCCCUGUCAGAGGACGGGUUGGAAUCGGGUACGGCUGCUGUGGCUGCUACAGAGGCUUCUACAAGAGCAGAAGCUUCCAAUGCUACCGAACCCGCAAAUGCUGAAGAAGAAGACGAAGAAGAAGAGUUUGAGUUUAGUGAGGUUAUGAUCCAUCAAACGAUUCAUACCAUUGAAUUUUGUUUGAAUUGUAUUUCAAAUACGGCUUCUUAUCUCCGUCUAUGGGCUUUAUCUCUUGCCCAUGCCCAAUUAUCCAGUGUAUUGUGGGAUAUGACACUCAAGAUUUGGUUCUCCAUGACAGGUCCUAUUGCCGUGGUUGGUUUAGUACUGGGUUUUGCCAUGUGGUUUGUCUUGACCAUUGGUAUUUUAUUGUGCAUGGAAGGCUUAUCGGCUUUUCUUCAUGCAUUGAGAUUGAUUUGGGUUGAAUUCAAUUCUAAAUUCUAUAAUGGUGAUGGUAUCAAAUUUGAACCAUUUGCUUUUUCUCUCUUGUUUGAUUAACUUUUUCAAAAUAAAUAAACCCCAUUUUUUUAUCGUGGGUCAAAGAUUAA